GAGAGAGGAAAUAAUCGAGAGCCGAGAGUCUCCGACGCAAUAACGUCAAUCGUGAUUCGUGACCGAGCGAUGUCAUCGGGAAUAGGAGGAAGACACCUGGGACGUGACGACCGUUGUUUAGCCCACUUUCACCUCCUGGGCCUGGGCCAGUGAACUGUUCGUUAUGUGACGACUUAUCUCUGUGAAGACCUUUGAAGGGCUUUUUUCUUUUUUUUUCUUUCGUGAUAUCAGUACUGCGAAUAUGGGCUCGAGCGCCAACCACGUCCUGACCCUGGCAAACUGCAUCAUCGGAGUCAGCGUCCUCACGAUGCCCUUCUGCUUCAAGCAGUGUGGAAUAGCUUUGGCAAUAUUGAUGUUGUACCUGAGCAGUCAGAUUACAAAGCUGUCAUGUCAUUACCUUCUCAAAUCGGCGAUAAUGGAAAAGAUGAAGAAUUUCGAGAUGCUCGCUUUCAGGGCUUUUGGACCGACUGGGAAAACAAUGGUCGAACUGUGCAUCAUCGGCUUCAUGCUCGGAUCCUGCGUCGCUUUUUUUGUCAUCAUGGGUGACCUGGGGCCAACGAUCGUUGGGCCUGUGCUUGGCAUCGAGCACGUUAGCGCUUUAAGGCCAAGCGUCUUAAUAGGGAUUGCUGUGUUUGUCGUCCUCCCACUAGGCCUCCUGCGUAAUGUCGAUAGCUUGAGUACGAUUUGUACGGCGUCGAUUGUCUUCUACAUGUUCCUCGUUUUAAAGGUGUUCACUGAGGCUGCGAGCAACCUUCUGGCGGGGAACUGGCUUGACAAGGUCUCCUGGUGGCGGCCGUCUGGCGUACUUCAGUGCAUACCGAUCUUCUCGAUGGCCCUUUCUUGUCAAACGCAACUUUUCGGUAUAUUCGAUUCGCUUCCAAACGCCCAAUUGGAAAGGACGAAUGCAGUCGUCAGACUUGCCAUCAACAUGACAACUCUGUUUUACAUCGCAGUCGGAUUUUUUGGUUAUACUGCCUACUACAACCAGUCUUUUUCAGGAAAUUUGAUGCUGAGUUUCUCCCCAAGUUUGUUCAGUCAGGUUAUGAAGAUGGGCUUCCUACUUUCCAUCGCUGUCAGCUUCCCUCUCGUCAUAUUCCCAUGUAGAGCGAGCAUCUAUUCUUUCCUGUACAGCAAGAUCCAGCACGGUUAUGAAGGACUUAGCCAUUCGAGCCAUAUACCUCAGACAACAUUCCAAUGCAUAACACUCGCCAUAAUAACGCUGUCUCUUGUAAUCGGACUCCUUCUGCCCGACAUUGAGGUCGUGAUUGGACUUGUUGGAUCGACUAUAGGUGUAUUCGUCUGCCUCAUAAUCCCCGGUAUGAUAUUUAACUCUCUCUCUUCGAAGAAGAACAACGAGAAGCUAAUUGCACAGUGCCUUGUUGGAAUCGGACUUAUUAUAAUGGUUCUGGGCACUUAUGCGAACCUAUUUGCAACAGAGGAAAAAAUAACAAAGCCCGUUGCAGAGGAAGAAAAGCUCCCGGCUAAACCUCAACCCGAAGUGGAAUUCAACAAAAGAGUGAUUGAGAAGGUCAUAGACAAUAUCAAGAUUAAAAAUGUUGAGAAAAAAGCGCCAGUUAAGGAAUCAAAGGAUCCUCCAGCCGGUCUGGCUACCAUCAAAGAAAGCGAUGAGAAAGUUGUGAAAGCCCCUGCUCCUGAGCCAGUCCAACCGGAACCACCGAAGGAAGUCAAGAAGCCCCCAGACCUUCCAAUCAAAAAAGAAAUCCAUCAGAUCAAUGCCGAGGAAAAGCACGAAGUAGAGAUCAAAGCUGAGCCAGCAGUUCAAGGGGUUGCAAAGGAGAAAAAAGAGCCCGAUCCCAUCCAUCCUGAGCCGCCUGAAGUUAUAAAAGAAGAGAAAAACGUCCUAGUCGAAGAGGUUGAGAAAAAAGUCAACGAAGAGGUUGAGAAAAAAGUCAGUGAAGAGGUUCAGAAAAAAGUCGAGAUUGAGAAAAAAAUCAAAGAGGUCAAAAUAGAGGGAGAAGAAAAUAUAAAAUUAGUAAAAAUGAAUCUUAAUGCAUCAUCCAUCAAUGAUAAGAUUGAAUCGUUAAAGGAAAACAUAACGGCAAGCAUGAUGAACGGUGUGCCGAUCCCUUUGGUUGCCAAAAGCGUCGAGGUGAGGAAAGACCCUCAGAAAACGCGCAACAUACUCAAAGUUGACCGAGAAAAGCGAGACGUUGAAGCGGAGGAGAAAGGCGGCAAAGAAAAAUGUUCAAAGACUGAACCACCAAAAGAGGAACUCAUCAAAGCACCUCAGCGUCUUACGGGUGAAGUCGAAGUACGUCUUGAGAAGCUGAAAACCCCCGAGGCUCGAAUUGAACCGGUUCUCCCGCUCAAGCGUGACCUCAAAUCAGUCCACGCCCAGGCAAACAACACGAUCGACCAAUCAGUAUAAAAUGUAGCGGACCAUAUUCUGAGAACAUUUUUUUCGUCUUUACAAAUGUAUUUUUCUAGGCGUCAUGAAUUACUUCUUUUAUAAAAACUUCUUUUAAUCUGGCAAGCUUGCAAUGAAAAGGUCCUUUUAUUAUUUCUAUUUAAAAAAAUAAGAAAUGUGAUAAUUUUUUGUUUUUAAUUAAAACUAAUGCAAAAGACCCACCAUAUUUGUUUUUUUAACAAAAUGUUGCACAUCAUCUAUUGUAAAUAUAAUUUUGCUUUGUUUUCUUUCUUUUUUUCUCUUCGUUUUUGUUUAUUGUUUAUCAAUUGCACAAAUAAGGUUUCUGCCAAUAAUUUUUAAUCCUAAUCUUAUCAUGAUUGUUACAGCUUGAAUUAUCACCCUGAUAUAAGAAAAACAAAUCUAUCCAAUCAUAUUAUGUAUAAAAUUAUUUAAUGAUAAAAACAGCCUUUUACACAAAUUGUAAAUAUUUGCGAGUCAGUAUUAUGUACCUGAAGAUGAGGUGGAAAAAAAUAAAAUAACCAACUUAUGUUCAACUUCAUAUCUCAAGAUGACUAAUAAUUCAAAGGCUGAGAAUGUAAAUAAUAAUAAAAAGAAAA